AUGGGCUGUAAACAAACGACAACAAAAUCUCCGCCUGUUGUUAUCGCAACUUCGCCAACUACAUCAACUUAUGUAAAAAGUGCAUUAAAAAAAUCUAAUGUUAAAGGAGGAGAAAAGACUGAAAAGCUUUCAUUUUUAAAACAAAAAGUAUCAACAUUAAAUAAAUCAGUUAAUUUUAAUGAAAAAGUUCAAGUUAAAUUACGUACUCCAACUCCAAGAGAAAAACGAUAUGAAAAAACAUUAUCAGCAAAAAUAGUAAAAAGACAAAUACAUAAUGAUACUACAGAUGAUGAUGAUGAUGAUGAUGAUGAAGUUACAUCGAUUUCAUCACAAGAAGAUAAUAUUAUUAAUGAACAAAAUAAAAAAUCAAAAUCACUUUCUUCUCAAUCCUUACAACGAAGUCAAUCAAAUGCUUUUUGGCAAAAAAACAAUUCUAUAGGAGUCAUAUCUAGAACGAAUAAUAUCAAAGAAAAAACUCAACCUCCACCAACUGCAAUACAACAACCACCUGUUACCAUGAUAACAGAUUCGACAGAAAAUUCGAAUAUACCCAUAGGAAAUCGUUUUAGAGUACGUCGUAAAGUUCAAUAUCCUGUUCUACCGCAAGCCUCAAGUCCAGUUGUUUCUACUCAAUCGCCCACUGCUUCUUCUUCGUCACCAAUUGUACGAACAUCAUCUCCUCUAAUACAACGACCAUUACCAAGUACCAACGCUAUACUUAUUGAACAUCAUACAUCAUUUUCUAAUGGGGGAUCUGCACCAAAAGCUGCUAAUUAUGCAAUCAAUCGACAUCCGAUUGAUAAACCAAAUUCAACAUAA